AUGGCAGGCAACGCACCCACGCUGUCGUCCCAAGCGAACCAAUAUAUCCGCGAGGUACUGCACAACACCGAGGCGCCGCCUGCGAUUCCCGUCCACUACUUUUACACGUCGCCGCUCGCCAUCGACGACCCACUAUCGCCGUUACCACCACCGCCCACGGGCACGUCGACUGCGAAGAGAGUGCCUCCGCGGCCCUUUUCCGAGUAUGACAACGAUGCCAUCCAGGAGGCCUGGUUGGCGCUCCGGAAACAGAUACUCAAGCACAAUGAGGAGCUUGGCGAGAAAGAUGGGACGGGACGUGGGACGCCGACCAACCCGGCUGUGGAGCGACUGAAGAGGCCGAGGGGAGGCAGCGCGUCGAGUGUCGACGGGAGCACCCUUCAGGGGCGUGAGAUACCAGCUGGCAGAUCGUCAAGUCGGGGCCAGUACUCGAGAUCGGCCGAGUUGCUCGAUAGGAAGAGGCCAAGCUCCAGCGGUGGCAGUCACAGCCACUCCUUGUCAGGCUCGCUCAAGGCAUACGAACCCGGCCCAAUAUCACCACUCGAACCUGCGACGACCGGCACGCCCUUCAUCCGAGCCCCUUCGCGCGGAAACCUGACCAAGUCAUGGAAGCCACCCGCGCCCAUGGACGGAGGCCAGCGGCCGGCGGUACACGAGGUCGACAGCUACAAAUGGGACCAUGACAUGGAACCCGCUCUAUCCACGGGCAAGGACAAGGCUCCGGCAAAGAAAAUACCCAAGCUGAAGCUAGGACCUUCUGUCAAAGUGCCUGUCGGAGUCUCGCGACUGCAUCACGUAGUCAUGGACGCCGAGUCGAUACGCAUGGAGCCCAUCUACUGGUCGCCACUCAGCGAUGUCGCCCAGAUUGUGCGCGGCACAUGGUUCUACAAGGACAGCAUGAUGCCUGUUGAGGUGGAGGUGGCCAACAUGCUCGAAGCGGGAUACCUCGAGAUGAAGCCCUGGACCCAGACGUGGAUUGACGAACUCAAUAGUGCUGUGGAAGUCGGCGCAUUUGGCGAGAUGAAGAUCCUACACCACCUGUGGCCCGAAAGGUCCAAGAAACCAGAUAGUAGACCGUCGACUUCACAGGCCAUGCAUUCAACCGGUCUAGUUCAGAACACUUUGCACGAAGAAGAAGAAGACCCCGACAAGGAGCGACGUGAGACGGUCGAAGAUGCCUGUGACCUGAUUGACAUCUCAACAGGCCCAGAGGGACCGGACCACAAGGCCGCUGGUGAUCUGGAGUAUGGUGCUGAUGGGCGGAAACGCCUCUACCUCAAAGCUGGCGUCAUCUACUCCGACGACAAGGAAGCUUUCAUCCUCAAGCCUACGCUUCAGCCGUCCGAUUACUAUGGUAGACGACCCCUUGCCAACUACAUCCGCAAAGGCAGAGCAAUCGGUGUACACGUUGUGCGUGGCUUCGACCAGGCCACCUGGGACAGGUUGCACCCAAACAAGAAUACACCAAAAGCACAGGCAGCACGCGAGGGUGUCUCUUCAUCGCAAGCUGGCGCACCGCAAUAUCAAAGGCAGAAGUCGGACCCUGAUCUUGCGCAGUCUCAGAGACCAAAGGUUACGGAUUUGGUCCUUGUCAUACACGGCAUCGGGCAGAAGCUAUCAGAGAGAAUGGAGACGUUCCAUUUUACACACGCAAUGAAUGCUUUUCGGAGAGAAAUGAACGUGGAGCUUGGAACGUCUGAAGUCAAGCGGCACUUGCGAAAGGACAUGGGUGGCAUAAUGUGCUUGCCGGUCAAUUGGCGUCAUCGUGUCUCCCUUGAAGUCGAUCAGACCGAGAGACCAGAGCUCGAAGACCCUUCUGCCAACAAAUACACGCUCAAAGACAUCACUCCAGACACACUUCCCUCUGUUCGUGGUAUUGUGAGUGAUGUUAUGCUGGACAUCCCAUACUAUCUUUCGCCAUUACACAAUCCCAAGAUGGUCUCCGCAUGCAUACAAGAAGCCAACCGCAUCUACCGCCUGUGGUGCCAUAACAAUCCAGGCUUCGCAGAAUACGGCCGAGUCCAUCUAAUUGCCCACUCCCUUGGUUCAGUUAUGGCCAUCGACAUCCUGAGCCAACAGCCAACAUAUGUUGACCCUCGAUUCACUGAUCCAUCCUUCCCCGAAGCAGACUUGCCCAAUGACCAAUUCAUCUUCAACACCACCGAUCUCUUCGUCUGUGGCAGCCCCGUUGGCCUCUUCCUCCUCAUGAAGAACGCAAACCUUCUCCCACGCCGCGACAAAGAAAAGCCCGGCGCAGACUCGUACGCUGCACCCGGUGUCGCUGGUGAACAGGGCACGUAUGGAUGUCUCGCCGUAGACAACAUCUACAACAUCAUUAAUCCUUACGACCCCGUCGCUUGUCGCAUAAACCCCACUGUAGACAUAGUCUACGCCUCCAUGCUAAAACCCGCAACCAUUCCUUCUGCAUCAACUUCCCUAUUCUCCUCAUUAAACCCUUUCCGUUCCACCUCAACCAACUAUCCCUCCAACGAAAGGCCCUCCACCUUGCGUCUGCCAAGUAACGUAGAACUAGAAACGCACAACUUUACACGCGAGGAGAUUGCAGAGAAGAGGGCAUAUCUACUGAAUGACAAUGGUCAGAUUGACUAUUACAUGAAGUAUGGCGGUGGUGCGUUGGAGAUUCAGUACCUAACUAUGCUGGGCGCGCAUAGCAGUUACUGGCUCAACAAAGACUUUAUACGUAUGAUUGUUGUCGAGGUAGGACGUGGUUUGGGCAAGGAGGGGACAGUGAGGGAGAUGAGGGCGCAGAAGAAGUUGGUGGUUAGAGGGACUUAG